AUGGCGCCCACUCUCAACGUAGAGGGUCAUCGAUGGAACAUUACGCACACAAGCUAUAUCAUCAGCACUUCGACCGACAUGAUUGAGCUGCGAGCCACGAACGUGGAUUCCCACUCCGAGUUUGGAGUCAAUGGACCGAAUACUGCGCCGUUCAAAGCCUUGGUGCACAAAGAUCUCCUUUGCUUCUACUCACCCUACUACCGAGCUGCUCUUAAGGGAGAGUUUGCUGAGGCCAAGCAAGAUUUCCUAACUCUAGAUCUUCCAGCUACUCAGGCUAGAAGAUUCGUUAGCUGGCUUUACAUUGGCUUCUUCCUCCCCAAAGAGUUCACUGCGCUAUAUGCCUUGUACGUUUUUGGCGACCAAACCGAGAACAUGGCGCUCUGUCGUUUUGUCAUGAGCAGACUCGUCCAAAUUCCGAGGGGCAAGAAUGCCAACGAUCAUCGUCUUUCUCUUACAACCAUUGAAGCAAGCAUGAAGACUCUCAAUAUGCUUCCCACCACAUCGCCACUCUUCCGCUACAUCGUGGACAACUUGGUCAACCACUGGGACGCCAACCAACCUUUCGACAAGAAGAUGUGCGGAAGUUAUGACAUACCGAAAGAAGCGCUCUUCCAGAUCAUGUCAGGACUUGCGUCAAAGCCAGUUCCUCUGGUCAAUGUCUCAUCGGGGCCUCUCUUCGUCGCCCUAUCAAAGUGUCCAUGCUGUCGGCACCAAUGCAAUUACCACGACCAUGAGAGUAUGGAAGAAUGGGAAGCUACAUGCGGUUCAAUCCCCAACGUCACUCGGCCAGACCCAACCUUCGUACAAAACACCAAGCACCAGACUGCCGAAGAACAGGCGCACCCCUAG